AUGAAGCCUUUACUUAUUCCAAGAGCUCUUCGCUCUUCUAGCCUUACCCGGCCAAUCUUGCAAGCAUCAUGGUCCCGCCCAGUUCUCCGCUCUGCUGCCUCAGCAUCCCCCGCCUUCACAACGCAUCGGCGACAUGCACGGCAAUUCCGUCACCAGUCAACACCGCGAGACAAUAAUACCACGGUGCCAGCGCCUCCAGACUUCGCCUUUGCCUUCGAUAUCGAUGGCGUUCUCCUCCGUUCCUCUAAGAGCCUACCGGGUGCCUCCUCAACCCUGCGAUUUUUAAAUAAACACUCGAUUCCCUUCAUCCUCCUGACCAAUGGCGGCGGCAAGCACGAAACCGAGCGUGUCGCCGAGUUAAGCUCAAGAUUCGAUAUCCCAUUAAGCCCAGAGAACUUUGUGCAGAGUCACACGCCAUUUCAGGAGAUGGUUAACGGCAGCCAGGACUACGAGGCGCUGAAAGACAAGACGAUUUUCGUCACCGGAACCGAUCAGCAACGAGUCAGGGAUAUUGCUCACAGAUAUGGCUUCAAGAAUGUCGUAACUCCAGGAGAUAUCCUUACCGCCCACCCAAAUAUAUGGCCUUUUGCUGCUCUUCACGCCUCGCACUACUCCUCUAUCGCCAAGCCGCUUCCCCCCGGACCUCUCAAGGUCGACGCCAUCUUUGUGUUCUCCGAUCCCCACGACUGGGCACUUGACACGCAAAUCAUACUGGACCUCCUUCUCUCCUCCAAGGGCGAGCUGAAUACCUACUCCGUCAAGAACGGGGACAAGUCGCUCCCCAACAACGGGUGGCUGCAGGACGGCCAACCAAAGCUCAUCUUCAGCAACCCGGACCUGUUCUGGGCCACCUCGCACCCUCUUUCGCGGCUCGGCCAGGGUGGCUUCCGCGCCGCGUUCCAGGGCGUGUGGGAUGAGGUUACCGACGGCGCGGAGCUGACCAAGCUCGUCAUGGGGAAGCCUACGCAAGAGACGUAUCUGUACUCCGAGCGCGUGCUGCAGAAGCACAGGGUUGAGCUACUAAGUGCUCUUCACGAGGAAGUAGGGGAUCUCAAACAGGUGUUUAUGAUUGGGGACAACCCGGAGAGCGAUAUCAGGGGCGCGAAUAAUUUCAAGAGCCCGACUGGGACGAGCUGGGACAGCAUUCUGGUGAAGACGGGCGUGUGGCAGGAGGGGAAGCCACCAAAGUACGAGCCGAAGAUGAUUGUGGAUAACGUGCAGGCGGCGGUCAAGUGGGCACUAAAGAAGCAAGGGUAUUCUUAUGACGAAGCUGAAUUUGCCGAUGAGAAGUAG